AUGAGCCCAAGCACAAGUCAUAGCUGGCUCUAUUACUGCCACGCAGUGCUUCCUAAUUUUACACGCUUGUCCUCCCUUGAGAGGCAGCGUGACCCCUCUGGGGUUUCUGAUGUUCGCAUUGGCCUCUGCCUUUGCCGCAUCGAGUCGCAUCCUCACAAUCUCCUUCCCGGAUCCAAUUCACAUCCCCGUGUCGCGCACCUCUCUCUCACGAGUGUGGCUCCCUAUUUCUUCCUGCCUCCACUCCCUGUUCUCUUCGUCGCUCCCGUCAUGGCCACUCCUCAGGGCAUGGACGCAGUUAUGGCCGACAACGGAGUUACCGUCCCCUCCGUGAGCGACCUCCUGCCCGAUGAGGGCCAAUCGUCACCGCAGGCCAAGAAGAUCUGCACGGGAGAGGCCUCGUCCUCUGCCCGACCUACGCCUGCUCCUGCCAUGGACCCGGCCGCUGACCCUGAAGCAGGACCGGAUCUUACCCUCACCGGACUGGAGUCCAGCGCUGCACCCGCGCCCGUGCUGGCUGGUCCCCUCUCGCGCCUGCGACGCAAUCGCGACGUCGUCGGAGAGGUUGUACAUAAUUUGGUACGAGAUACUCACUCACUGGUCACCAUCAUCUAUCCUGACAACGUGGCUGAAAUUCACCGCAGCAAGAUUAUCUCUCGUGUCCGCUCUGGCUUGCGUCCCGCGUUUUUCCCGCACUCUAACCGCGUGCCGACGUUUGAAUCUGUUGUGGGAGAAGUCCUCCGCCUCCCCCGUCGCUCGUACACACGCCUUGUGUUCCAGCUCCCCUCUCGCGACGAUGCCAGGGGAUUUUGCCGUGCCUUCCCAAUGACCUAUCAUCAUAACGGCGGCGCCGUGGAGCUGAAACUCUAUGAUGACCCUGAACCAGAUCUCACCGCAGCCAAGGCCCGAGGCGAAACGCACCUCGUGAUCCGCAACGUCCCCGUUGGGUAA